CCGUCUCCUCCUCGGCCUCGCCCGGUUACUGCUUUAAAGGAGGAGAGAAGCAAGAGUGUACAUGCUCUGUCUCUCUUGCUCUUGCUCUCUCUGGACCGACUGUCUUUGCGUACUUUGCUCCCAAAUUCCAACAUUAGGAGGGGAUACGCGUACGACGUUGCUGAUACGUAACAUACCACGCAAUUUUACCCAGCAAAUGCUGAAGGAGGACCUUGACGCCACGCACAGCGGAACAUACGAUUUUUUAUUUCUGAGUUUCGACUCAAGGCGCAAUCGCAACGUUGGAUACGCGUUUGUCAACUUUUCCGACGUUGGCUUUGUAAUAACAUUCGCAGAAAAAUUCGGCUGGUAUGUAUUAUCGCAUCGCUUGUUCUCUCUCUCUCCUUUUGCACCUUCCAAAAAUUAAUGUACUCAAUUUCUCAAUGACAUAUUGGCAACAACAUCAAUGACAAAGAGUGGCCGCCACAUCGGGGAAG